AUGUUUUCUAUUUUUAUCAUAGCAACAUUAAAUCAGACAAUAGAUAUAUGCAAGCAAUACCCAAAUCUUUGCUUAAAUGGACGGUGUAUACCUAACCUUAACAGUUACCGAUGUGAAUGCAACAUGGGAUAUAAGCAAGAUACUCACACCGAAUGUAAUGAUGUUGAUGAGUGCACAUCAAACCCAUGUACCAAUGGAGAUUGUGUUAACACACCUGGAUCCUAUUAUUGUAAGUGCCAUUCUGGUUUUCAGAGGACUCCUACCAAGCAGGCAUGCAUUGAUAUUGAUGAGUGUAUUCAAAAUGGUAUCCUCUGCAAAAAUGGAAGAUGUGUUAAUACAGAGGGGAGCUUUCAGUGUAUCUGCAAUGCUGGUUUUGAGCUAACCGCUGAUGGAAAGAACUGUGCAGAUCAUGAUGAAUGUGCUACUACAAAUAUGUGUUUAAAUGGAAUGUGUAUAAAUGAAGAUGGCAGCUUUAAGUGCAUCUGCAAACCAGGAUUUGUGCUCGCAGCCAGUGGUCGUUACUGUACUGAUGUUGAUGAGUGUCUUACUCCAGGCGUUUGUAUGAAUGGCCACUGUAUAAAUACCGAAGGGUCUUUCCGCUGUGAAUGUCCACCAGGGUUGGCUGUUGGAGUAGAUGGUCGUGUUUGUGUGGACACACACAUGCGUAGCACUUGCUAUGGAGCCAUCAAGAAAGGACUUUGUGUCCGCCCAUUUCCUGGAGCUGUGACUAAAUCUGAGUGUUGCUGUGCCAAUCCAGACUAUGGAUUUGGAGAACCAUGCCAUCCGUGCCCACCAAGAAACUCUGCCGAAUUUCAAGGGUUAUGCAGCAGUGGAAUUGGCAUCACUGUGGAUGGAAGAGACAUCAAUGAAUGUGCUUUAGACCCUGACAUCUGUUCCAAUGGCAUUUGUGAAAACCUGCGUGGAGGUUUCCGUUGUAAUUGCAACAGUGGCUAUGAAUCAGAUUCCUCUGGAAGAAGCUGCAUUGACAUUGAUGAAUGUUUGGUAAACAGACUGCUAUGUGACAAUGGUCUGUGCCGAAACACACCAGGAAGUUACAGCUGCACAUGUCCUAAAGGGUACUUAUUCAGAACUGACACUGAAACUUGCGAAGAUGUAAAUGAAUGUGAAAGUAGUCCAUGUGUUAAUGGUGCAUGUAAGAAUAUUCUUGGCUCAUUUCACUGCGAGUGCUCUCCUGGAAGUAAACUGGAUUCUACUGGUCUUAUUUGCAUAGAUAGCCUUAAAGGAACCUGCUGGCUCAAUAUCCAAGAUGGUCGCUGUGAGGUCAAUAUUAAUGGAGCAACACUCAAGUCAGAAUGCUGUGCUACGCUAGGCGCUGCAUGGGGCAGUCCUUGUGAAAGAUGUGAAAUUGAAUGCCUGGCAAAACUGACAUUCAGUUCAAUUUGUAUGCUUUGUUCUUUAGAUGUCAAUGAGUGUGAGGUGUUUCCAGGCGUGUGCCCCAAUGGACUUUGCCGAAAUACUAAAGGAUCGUUCAUCUGCGAGUGUCCUGAAGGGUUCACAUUGGAUGGUACAGGCAGAAUCUGCCUAGAUCUACGUAUGGAGCAGUGUUUUCUAAAAUGGGAUGAAGAUGAAUGUGUUCAGCCAGUUCCUGGCAGAUUCCGGCUCGAUGCAUGCUGCUGUACUGUAGGAGCUGCCUGGGGUGCAGAGUGUGGGGAGUGCCCUAAAUCUGGUACCCCUGAACAUGAAAUUUUAUGUCCUAGAGGUCCAGGAUUUACCAACAGAGGAGAUUUUCUAUCAGGGAGACCCUUCUAUAAAGAUAUAAAUGAAUGUAAAGCAUUCUCUGGGAUAUGUACUAAUGGAAAAUGCAGAAAUACAAUUGGAAGUUUUAAGUGCAAAUGCAACAAUGGAUUUGCACUGGAUGCAGAAGAAAGAAAUUGCACAGACAUUGAUGAGUGUAGGAUUUCCCCUGAUUUGUGUGGGAGUGGUACGUGCGUCAAUACACCUGGCAGUUUUGAAUGUGAGUGCUUUGAAGGCUUUGAAAGUGGCUUCAUGAUGAUGAAGAACUGUAUGGACAUAGAUGAAUGUGAACGGAACCCGCUGCUAUGCAGAGGAGGGGAAUGUGUGAACACAGAGGGUAGUUUUCUGUGCAACUGUCCCCCUGGGCAUGAGCUCACGCCAUCAGGGGAUGCCUGUGUAGAUAUCAACGAGUGUUCCUUAAGUGAUAAUCUAUGCAGAAAUGGAAAGUGCGUGAAUUUGGUUGGCUCAUAUCAAUGCGCUUGUAACCCAGGAUACCAAUCCACUCCAGACAGGCUGGGUUGCACUGAUAUUGACGAGUGUAAAAUAAUGAAUGGAGGGUGCGACAGCCUCUGUGAAAACUCAGAAGGCAGCUAUAGAUGCAGUUGUCUUGAUGGCUAUGCUUUACUGCCAGAUGGAAGAACCUGCGGAGAUAUUGAUGAGUGUGAAGACAAUCCAGAUAUCUGUGAUGGAGGACAGUGUACAAACAUUCCAGGAGAGUACCGCUGUCUCUGCUUUGAUGGGUUUAUGGCUAGCAUGGACAUGAAAACAUGCAUAGAUGUGAAUGAGUGUGACAUAAAUCCAAACAUCUGCAUGUUUGGUGAAUGUGAAAAUACCAAAGGAUCAUUUGUAUGUCACUGUCAGGUUGGGUAUUCAGUAAAAAAAGGAACAACAGGAUGUACAGAUGUGGAUGAAUGUGAAAUUGGCGCUCACAACUGUGACCUGCAUGCGACAUGUCUUAAUGUACCUGGGAGCUUUAAGUGUUCUUGUAAGGAAGGCUGGGUCGGCAAUGGAAUUAUAUGUAAUGACCUUGAUGAAUGCUUAAAUGGAACUCACAGAUGUAGCCUCUCUGCCAACUGUCUAAACACCCCUGGAUCAUACCGAUGUGCCUGUAUUGAAGGAUACACUGGUGAUGGAUUUACAUGUACAGAUAUUGAUGAGUGUGCUGAAAAUAUUAAUCUUUGUGAGAAUGGCCAGUGCUUGAAUGUCCCAAGUUCGUAUCGAUGUGAGUGUGAGAUGGGCUUCACUCCAGCCCCAGACAGCAAGUCUUGCCAGGAUAUCAAUGAAUGCUAUUUUGAGAAUAUCUGUGUUUUUUGGCACUUGUCGGAAUCUUCCUGGCAUGUUUUUCAGUGUGUUUGUGAUGAUGGGUAUGAGCUGGACCGCAGUGGAGGAAACUGUACAGAUGUAGAUGAAUGUGCAGAUCCCAUCAACUGUGUGAAUGGCUUUUGUGUUAACACUCCUGGGAGAUAUGAGUGUAACUGUCCUCCUGACUUUCAGCUGAACCCCACUGGAGUGGGCUGUGUGGAUACCAGAGUGGGUAACUGUUAUCUCAAUCAUGGACCUCGUGGGGAUGGUACAAUCUCCUGUAGCACAGAGAUUGGAGUUGGUGUAAGCCGCUCUUCAUGCUGCUGUUCUCUUGGAAAGGCCUGGGGAAACCCAUGUGAAAUAUGCCCACCGGUUAACAGCUCCGAGUACAAUACAUUGUGCCCUGGAGGAGAAGGAUUCAGACCCAAUCCCAUCACCAUUCUCUUAGAAGAUAUUGAUGAAUGCCAGGAGCUGCCGGGUCUGUGCCAAGGCGGUAACUGUAUAAAUACAUUUGGAAGCUUCCAGUGUGAGUGUCCACAAGGCUACUACCUCAGUGAGGAGACCCGCAUAUGUGAAGAUAUUGAUGAAUGUGUCACAAGCCCUGGGGUCUGUGGACCAGGAACUUGCUACAAUACAUUGGGAAACUUCACAUGCAUAUGCCCUCCAGAAUACAUGCAGGUCAAUGGUGGACAUAACUGUAUGGAUAUGAGGAAGAGUUAUUGCUACCGAACUUACAAUGGAACUAUGUGUGAGAAUGAGCUUCCCUUCAAUGUCACCAAGAAGAUGUGCUGCUGUACAUAUAACAUUGGUAAAGCCUGGAGUAAGCCGUGUGAACGAUGCCCAACUCCUGGAACAGUUAAUUUCAGGAAUCUUUGUGGAUCAAUCCCUGGCUUUACAUUUGAUAUUCACACUGGAAAGGCUGUAGAUAUCGAUGAAUGUAAAGAGAUUCCAGGAAUCUGUGCAAAUGGAGUUUGCAUCAAUCAGAUUGGCAGCUUCCGCUGUGAAUGUCCAACUGGAUUUAGCUACAAUGAUUUACUCCUCAUCUGUGAAGACAUUGAUGAGUGUACCAGUGGAGACUACUUCUGCCAGAGAAAUGCAGAUUGCUUAAACAGUCCUGGGAGUUACCGCUGUGAGUGUUCUGCUGGAUUCAAGCUCCUGCCCAAUGGAGCCUGCAUUGAUCGCAAUGAAUGCCUGGAAAUUCCCAAUGUCUGCAGUCAUGGCACAUGUGAGGACACACUGGGCAGUUAUCGCUGCAUAUGUAACAAUGGCUUUAAGGCAUCUCAGGAUCGGACUAUGUGCAUGGAUAUUGAUGAAUGCGAACGCCAGCCAUGUGGAAACGGAACUUGUAAAAACACAGUAGGAUCAUAUAACUGUCUCUGCUAUCCUGGAUUCGAGCUCACUCAUAAUAAUGACUGUAUGGACAUCGAUGAGUGCAGCUCCUUUACUGGCCAAGUGUGCAGAAAUGGCCGUUGCUUUAAUGACAUUGGUUCUUUCAUCUGUUUAUGUAAUGAAGGUUUUGAACUUACUCUAGAUGGAAAGAAUUGCAUUGAUAUCAAUGAAUGCAUUGCUUAUCCUGGCUCUUGUGCUCCUGGUACUUGUCAGAAUUUAGAAGGCUCAUUCAGAUGUAUAUGUCCGGUGGGAUAUGAGGUCCAAGGUGAUAACUGCAUAGAUAUUGAUGAAUGCACAGAAGAACCCAAUAUCUGUCUUUUUGGCACAUGUGCAAAUACCCCAGGAAGUUUUCAGUGCAUCUGCCCGCCGGGAUUCGUUUUAUCAGACAACGGGAGAAGAUGUUAUGAUACUCGUCAAAGCUUCUGUUUCACCAGAUUUGAGAAUGGAAAAUGUUCAGUACCCAAAGCAUAUAAUAGCACCAAAGCAUCCUGCUGCUGUAGCAAAAUGCCUGGAGAGGGUUGGGGAGAUCCUUGUGAACUCUGCCCCAAGGAAGGAGAAGUGGCUUUCCCAGAUUUAUGUCCAUUUGGGCACGGUACUACUCCGCUGGUAUCCCUGUCUUUUUUAGAUGUCAAUGAAUGCCUAGAAAAUCCAGGAAUAUGUGCAAAUGGUCAUUGUAUAAAUACAGAUGGAUCUUUUCGAUGUGAGUGUCCAAUGGGUUAUAAUCUGGACUACUCCGGAGUCACCUGUGUAGAUACUGAUGAAUGCUCUAUUGGUAACCCAUGUGGCAAUGGAACAUGCACUAAUGUCAUAGGUACUUUUGAAUGCUCCUGUGAUGAAGGCUUUGAGCCUGGACCAAUGAUGAAUUGUGAAGACAUCAAUGAAUGUGCCCUAAAUCCACUGAUAUGUGCAUUCAGAUGUAUUAACACCUAUGGUUCCUAUGAAUGUACUUGCCCUGUGGGCUAUGUUCUUAGAGAGGAUCAAAAGAUGUGUAAAGACCUAGAUGAGUGCUUAGAGGGUUUCCAUGACUGUGAAUCCAGAGGAAUGCUCUGUAAAAACCUGAUCGGGACUUUUAUGUGUAUUUGCCCUCCUGGAAUGACAAGGCGACCAGAUGGAGAAGGAUGCAUUGAUGAAAAUGAAUGUCGUAGCAAACCUGGUAUCUGUGAGAAUGGUCGCUGUGUCAACACUAUUGGGAGCUACCGCUGUGACUGUAAUGAAGGGUUUCAGACAUCUGUCACUGGAAUUGAAUGUCUUGAUACCCGCCAGGGAUUUUGUUUCUCUGAAGUUCUGAAAACAAUGUGUCAAAUGUCAUCCAGCAGUCAAAACCAUGUCACUAAAUCUGAAUGUUGCUGCAAUGGAGGUAGAGGUUGGGGCAACCAGUGUGAGAUUUGCCCACUGCCAGGUACAACUCAAUUUAAGAAGCUUUGCCCACAUGGACCAGGAUACACAACUGAUGGCAGGGACAUAGAUGAAUGCAAAGUGAUGCCGAACCUUUGUCAGAAUGGACAAUGUGUCAACAAUAUUGGUUCCUAUAAAUGCUAUUGUAAUCAUGGCUACACAACUGACAUUGGGGGUACAUCUUGUGUUGAUCUUGAUGAGUGUUCCCAGUCCCCCAAGCCAUGUAAUUUUAUUUGUAAGAACACAGAAGGCAGCUUCCAGUGUUCAUGUCCUCGAGGAUACAUUCUACAAGAGGAUGGAAAGACCUGCAAAGAUCUUGAUGAAUGUCAGAGCAAACAACACAACUGCCAGUUCCUCUGUGUCAACAUUAUUGGAAGUUUCAACUGUAAAUGUCCUCCAGGCUUUACUCAGCAUCAUACCGCAUGCAUUGACAAUAAUGAAUGUACACAGCCCAAUUUAUGUGGUUCUAGAGGAGAAUGCCAAAAUUCACCUGGCAGCUUCGCAUGUCAGUGCCAAAGAGGAUAUUCCUUGGAUUCAACUGGCUUAAACUGUGAUGAUGUUGAUGAAUGCGAUGGAAAUCAUAGAUGCCAACAUGGAUGCCAAAAUAUUGUUGGUAGCUAUCGAUGUAGCUGCCCACAGGGUUAUGUUCAACACUACCAAUGGAACCAGUGUGUUGAUGAAAAUGAGUGUGCCACACAAAACACAUGUGGUUCUGCUUCAUGUUACAACACACUUGGCAGCUACAAAUGUGCUUGUCCACCUGGAUUUGCUUUUGACCAGUUUUCAGCUUCCUGUCAGGACGUGAAUGAAUGCACUUCAAAGAAUCCUUGUAAUUACGGUUGCUCCAACACUGAUGGAGGCUACCUCUGUGGAUGCCCCCCCUGGAUACUACCGAGCUGGGCAAGGGCAUUGUGUGUCCAGCAUGGGAUUCAACAGAGGCCAGUAUCUAUCUGCUGCUAGAGAUGAAAGUGAAGAGAAUGCUCUAUCCCCA